AUGGCUCUGAAUACCAUGAACAUUAGCGAAUCAGUCGCAGCUGGAGGCUAUCCGGGGUUGGAGCUAGACGACCAAGGCGACGUGACCCUGCUGGUGACUGUGCCCGACAACGUCGCGGCUCAUUACAGGCGGGUCAACGCUCAGCCCAAGCAGACGCUUGAGAUGAGCCUCGCUCACGUCUCGGAAAAAACUUCCAGCUGCCGCCCACGAUUCCGUGCCCUUUUCGCGCAAAUGACCGAGCAAUCCCACGUUGACGAGUCGGGUGCCGGAAGUCAUGAACGAGGCCACCAAAUGGUCGGAUUGUGCAGUGACGACGGCUUGUCUUCCCUCAUUAUUCUCAUCGCAAUUUACGGCCGGCAUGGUCUUCUCCCUCAUUCGAUCCCUCCCAUGCUGUUGGCUCGACUCGCGGCCAAGGCCAACCAGCACCAGUGUAGCGAGGCCAUCGCGCCGAUUGUCAAGCCCUCGAUUUCUCAGGCGAUGAAAGAACACCGUAUCCCAAAUACCGUCAACAGAACCUUGGAGGUAUGGCUGAUGAUCGCUUCGACGUUCAAGCACCAAGAAUCCUUCGCCGAAGCCACCCGGAACUGCAUUGCCUCUUCCAGCGGUACUAUACAGCCACAACACGUCGCGAUGCCACAGCAUCUCUAUGAGAGUCUGGUUGCUGACGGCGCGGCAACAAUGCGAGUGCCAUUGAAGCGCUCGGCAAGGGUAGGUGCCAAGGCAUUAGGCAAGAACAAGAUUGAGGUUAAAGACCGUGGUUAUAAGGCUUUAGUAACGAUUGUGGAUGGUGGUGUCUGA